AUGAGCAAUGGUAGCCUGGGAUCCUGGUCCACUUUGGAUGCUUCAGGGGAAGAUAUUGGAGUAGAAAAUGGAACUGACCUCCUAAGCCCCCAGGAUGGUUUUGAGCAUGAAUUAUCAUUAUAUUUUAUAGCAGACAUUAUUUUCUAUGCUUUCAUUUCAGUAAUUAGUGUUUUUGGACUUCUGGGCAAUGGAACCGUCAUCUGGUUUCUUGGCUUUUGCAUGAAGAGGAAUCCUUUCACCACCUUCAUCCUCCAUCUGGCUGCUGCUGACAUUGGGACACUCAUAUGCUCAUUUAUUAUUUCCACUAUACAUCUUCUGAGGCCAUUUUUAUUCUUACCUAUCUUUUCUUUAUUCUUCAUGUACAACACUGGUCAAUAUCUGUUGACAGCCAUUAGCAUAGACAGGUGUGUCACUGUCCUCUUCCCCCUUUGGCAUCGAUGCCACCGACCACCACACUUUUCCACCCUUGUGUGUGCCACAAUAUGGAUCAUUUCUUUCCUGCUCACUGUGACUGGCAUGUUUCUUCAUUUUUUUAAAGUUACAACAUACGUCCUUUUCUACCACCUUUUAAUGAAUGCUAUACUUUGCCUCCCAAUCAUGACGGUUUCCACUCUGGUCCUGUUUAUAAAGGUUUACUUUAGAUCACAACAGAGGAAGAAGGGAAAAGCUGUAACAGCCAUCCUACUUGCCCUCCUCUUCUUCCUCUUCUUAGCUUUCCCAUUUACUUGCAUUUUAUUAAUCCAUCUUUCCCAUCUUCGUGGAAACCAUACUGAAUUUUUUGGGGGGCUCUUAUGCAGCUGCCUAAACAGCAGUGUUAACCCACUGAUUUAUUUCCUGGUUGGAAGAAAGAAACACAGUCAAUCAAGGGAGAACUUGAAGGUUGUAUUCCAGAGGGUUUUCAAGGAGGAGGAACAUGGAAGAGAGGAGGUAGAACUCCAGGUCAGCCCGCAGAUGUGA